AUGCGGAAGCAUUUACUAUUUCUUCUGCUUCUGCAGAUUAUAGCUACCAGUUGUGCACUACGGGUUUGCACACGUCGUCGCUUUAAAGUACAUUCAUCUGCUAUUUUACAAAGAGUUGAAACAGCUUCUGCUGAAAAAUGUGUAGAGCGAUGCAUUGAAAAUAUGCAAUAUUGUUUUAUUGCCCAAUUCGUGAAAAGUGAAGACAAAUUGCUCGGAAUUUGCACACUAUAUAACGAAGCUGAAAGCGAAAAAAUUCAUCCUGAUGCCACAGUUGAUCCGACAUCGGUGAUUUUCGAGCUCCUUGAUAAAUAAUUGAUGAGAAACCGACUCGCUGAUGCUUUCUUUCCCGAGAAAGAUCAUAUUAGUGGUCUAGACGAUUUCCACGUUGAUAUUGAUAGAUAUGCGGUCAUGCAAGCAGUUGAAGAAGUUGAGAUCGAUGCCGCCAAGAAACAAAUUGAGCUUCCCCGAGAUCCCUUUAAUGAUGGUCCACGGUUCCAUCAAUCUUCUCGAGAGGUUGAACGGGGACGAGAUCGAGAUUAUGUCAGAGAUCGUCAUGAUUCUCCAAUUCAUCCAGAUGUAACCCAUCGAGGACAACUAAUGAGUGCACAUUCAGCGCACAUUGGAAAUCCGUGCUUACCUAAUGCGGAUUGCGCGAGAACCCUGUAUCAGUUAGAUAAUGCUCCAUGUCCAGCUAGACAGGGAGAUCCCUGUGCUCCAAAAAGACCAUGUAUGUCUGAUGACUGCUACCAUGUUGCACCCCCGGAAGCUUCAGCGCCAAUUGCAGAAUGGACUGAAUGGAGUGCCUGUUCGGCGACUUGCGGUUUAGCUAUAAUGACUCGACAAUGCUUAGGUGGUUUCAAUUGUCCGGGACCUUCAACGCAAUCUUGUCAAUUGCCUGAAUGUGAAUCUUGGACGCUCUGGACUCCUUGGUCAAUUUGUUCAGCAAGCUGUGGUGUCGGCGAAAAGCAACGAACCCGAAUCUGUCAAACUGGCCGCAAUUGUCAGGGUCCCAGCAUUGAAAUCGAAGCAUGCAAAGCACUUUUACCUUGUCCCGAAUGGACCUCUUGGGGCUCUUGGACUGGAUGCUCAAAUACUUGUGGAAAGGGAAUUGAACGACGAUCAAGACAAUGUCAAAACGGCAUUCUUUGUCCUGGCCCAUCUACAGAAGAAAGACCCUGUGAUCGCGGACUCUGCCCACAUUGGUCACCAUGGGGACCGUGGGAAGAAUGCAGCAAAACAUGUGGGGGCGGAAACACUUUUAGGGUACGAGAAUGUAUUGGCGGACAUAGCUGCGGAGGUGCAUCGGAAGAAAAGCUACUCUGCAAUCAACAGCCGUGUCCGGAAUGGUCACAAUGGACAGCGUGGACAGUUUGCGACAAAAAGUGUGGCGAAGAAACUAUUCGGCUACGAAAUCGAAAAUGCUUGAAUGCUGAUAGUAAUAGUGCAUGUGAAGGUCCAGCCCAAGACCAAUCAAACUGUCCAUACCGCGAUUGUCCAAAAUGGGAAGAAUGGGCGGAAUGGUCGGACUGUUCAACCACAUGUGGGCAAGGUGUACAGAAAAGAAAUCGAAAAUGUGAAACCGGAAAUGGGUGCACGGGUCCUUCGGAAGAAAUGCGUUUCUGUCAAAUUGCGUCAUGCCCUUAUUGGGGAGAAUGGAGCCAAUGGAGUGGUUGCUCUGUGAGUUGCGGAAGAGGUGUAUGUGAACGGAAUCGAAAAUGUAUCACUGAUGAUUUCCUACAACUUCCAAGCCUCGAUGAUCUCGAAAGAGAUGAUUCUUUGGAAAAGCAUGAAGCAAAAGAAGCGCUCAUAGCUCGCGCUAAAACAAUUUCAAAGUACAGAAGAAGUAACGAGACAAGACUUUCUCCCUUCCUUACAAAGCCAUUUGACAAACCAAUUGAAGGAUCUUGUGAUGGGCCAGAGACGGAAACAAAAGUUUGCGAUGCUGGGCCUUGUUGUUCAUGGGAUCAAUGGACAGAAUGGUCACCAUGUAUUGGUUGUGGACAAGAAUCCGUAUCAAAAAGAAAUCGUGUUUGCGCUAUGGAUGGGCAAGCUCCAGCCCCACCACCCUUAAGUUUUCAGGAGGAAACUCGGACAUUUGAACAACAAGCUUACCUAACACCACCACCGGGAGUUGGAGGUUUAUCCUUGGCGGGUCUUUCACCAAUUGUUCCUGUUGAAAUACACCGCGGAAAACGACAGAUAUUAGUGGGAAUUUCUGCUCGCCAGCAAUGCCAUUGUCCAGGUGACUCAUUCCAAACUAGAAAAUGUCCGACGGCACCACCUUGUGAAGAUCCAAAAGCGCCUUGUGAAUGGUCCGAUUGGGGAGAAUGGUGCGGCUGCUCGCCAUGCAGGAACGGAAAAGAAGUUCGAAGACGAUAUUGUGAUAGGGGCUAUCCAGUUAACGGUCCAAUAAAACCAGACUCAACUUGUGAUUGUGGUCCAGGAAGAGAUACGGAAGAACGCAGCUGUCCAAUAGAAAGAGACUGCUAUAAUAACAACAACAGAUUUUCUGAAACUUCAAGAGGUUAUGUUAAUAGCAAUCCAGAGCAAAGAUUUGGUGCUAGAACUUUAAUUCGAUCAAAAUCUCAACAUGAUCAGAGCAACGCUAAUGAUGGUACCACAUCUCGAGAUGAUGAUAGAUACGUGCCCAUUGAUUCUGUUAUUGGCAGGGUUCAGGUAUUGCAAGGAAGAUCACAAUCAUACGGAAAGAAAGAUUCUCCUGACGCAUUUCAAACAACUGACUUCCCUUAUAGGGUUUGUCAUUGGUCUCAGUGGUCAGAUUGGAGUGAUUGUGGAGAAGAAAACACACGAGAGCGAAAACGUUUUUGUGUCGGAGAAAAGAAUUCCGAGUUGGUCAGCAAUUGCGAAUGCGUCGGCAAAUCGCAAGAAGAACAAUCGUGUCGUCAAGAAAAAGAGUUUGGAUUCAUAUCUCAAAGUCGAGAAGAAACCGAUAGUGAAAUUGACUCAAAUUUGGACAAGCUACUCAAGUCAAGCGAGUUGAUCGAAAACGAAGACGCCGAAACAAAGGUGGUUAGUGAAAUUGAAAGCGUCAAGUGCGAUUGGACAAGAUGGUCUCAGUGGAGUGUCUGCACGGUGUCGUGUGGUGAAGGUCGCCGAAUGCGACGAAGGCGUUGUCCUUGCGGCGAUCUUCAAUGUGGAAGUGGAAAAGAUUCAGAUUCGGAAAAAUGCAAAAGCGUACCGUGUGAUUCAGUAACACAGAAUUCAAGAGGAAAGCCGGUGUUCACAGUAUCUCAUUAA